ACGAGUGCUACUUAAGAAUUGUACUGGGCCAAGAACGUCUUCACAUUUUGUAAUCUCCAUCCGACGAAGGAGAGUGUACAUAUACACCGCAACGUAGCGUAGUGUCUGCACAUCAAUCAAUCGCAAGGAAUAUGAGGACUCUCAUUUACCAACGAGGAGUGGGUCUGAUGCGGUUAGGGUUCUUAAAGGCGGGUUACGGGCCUCUAUCAGGAAGUCGAAGCUUGAGCUCGGACGCUAUGAACAAAUUUCAAGCCCUAGAGGUCAAAGAGGCGGCUCCGUUUGUCUACCAAGUGAGCUUGAACCGCCCUGAGAAGAGGAACGCCCUCAACAAAACCAUGUGGCAUGAGAUUGGAGCCGUGUUUGAAGAGCUGGCCCAUGACGAGGAUUGUCGAGCCAUUGUUCUGACCGGAAACGGGCCCAUGUUCACGGCAGGAAUUGACCUGAAUGACCUCACGUCCUUGGCCUCCGUGGUCACGUCAGAUGACGACGUCGCCAAGAAAGCCAAGGUUCUGUACAAAACCAUUCGAGAUUAUCAGAUUCCGUUUAAUCGUUUGGAAGAGUGCUCUAAACCUGUGAUCGCGGCUGUUCAUAAUGCGUGCGUGGGCGGUGGGGUCGACUUGAUCACGGCCGCCGAUAUCCGAAUAUGUACCCAAGAUACCUAUUUCCAAGUCAAAGAAGUCGAUGUCGGUUUGGCUGCGGAUGUGGGCACUUUACAAAGACUGCCCAAGGUUCUCGGAAAUCAGAGUCUAGUCCGAGAGUUGUGCUUCACGGCCCGAAAGUUUCCCAGUGACGAGGCCAAACACGCCGGAUUCGUCAGUCAAGUUUAUCCGGACAAAGAAACAAUGCUCAACGAGGCCUUGAGUUUAGCGAAAGAGAUUGCAGAGAAGAGCCCAGUGGCGGUUCAGGGUACAAAAUCCAGCUUGAUUUACGCUCGGGACCACUCGGUUGAAGAUGGAUUGGAACAAAUUGCACGAUGGAAUAUGACUAUGCUGCAAAGCAAGGAUCUCAUGACGUCUGCCAUGGCCAUGAUGACGAAGCAAAAGGACCCCCCUACCUUUUCGAAAUUGUGAUGAACGAUGUCAGUGUCAUUGUUAAUCCCAAUGAUUUGAUCAAGAGCUAUUGC